AUGUCAUGUUCAAGAUCACGGCUGUCGCUUCGGCCCUCCUGCCAGCCCUCCUAUACUCGGGGCAACUUCAGACGCCUCAUUGCGGCCGCAAUGGGAAACUCUUGCUGUGAUGGUGUUAACGAGGCGCUUCCGGCCAAAUCUGCAGCGCUUCCGGCCAAAUCUGCAGUUCCGACAAGAGCCUUCUACGACUUCCAGCUUUGUGCAGACUGGCACGCCGAGACCGAGUUCGUCCAGGCCAGGAAGCUCAAAUCGGAACAUCCGGGACUGGACACAGUUCUGAACUACCCCGAGUGCUCGGAGAAGUUGGAACACCAGCGGCUUUUCCGGAAGCAAUGUUCCCGGUUUACACUGGAGAUGUCGAGGCUUCUUCCUGUGCAAGAGUUCGCAGACUACCGGGCCACCUGCAAAAAGCAUUCGGAGACCCAGGCCUUCCAAAAGAUGCAGCGCAUUCACCAGCGCUUGACAAAGAUGGGGAGGUAUGGGUGCGAUCUCCUGGCGAAAGCCCUUCGAAAUUCCCUGUCUGCAGAGAAGCUGGCGGUGCGAAUGGGGAGGCUGGUUCACAAGUCCGUCUUCCUGGACAGUUUGCUCGUGGGGCACCCGGCCGGAGUCCAUGCUCGUGACGAGCCGCAGAAUCUGGAAGACGAAGAGCAGCCUUGGCCCUGGAAGCAGACGCACAAGAUGUGGUGUCGAGAAGCAGAACUGAGCAACGAUGGACAGCUGCAGACCGCGCCCAUCAAGUCAAAAGGGUGCUCGCGCGAUUGUGCAGUUUCCGCAACGGUGAGCACUUUGGAGGCUUCAGUUCAGACCGAGACGUCGUUCAACCACACGAAGUUCGGCGACAUCAUUGCCGUCCUUAACGGCUGCUUCAAUCACGUCGUCUUGGUCAGUGGACCGCAAGAUCUUCCCGAAGAUUACGAAGAUGCUGAACUAGCUGUGGUCCCCGUCAUGGAAAUUUGCAAUGUGACCGACAUCACCGACAAGCCAUUCGUGCAGAUUUGGCAAAGCCCGUGGCAGCUGGAUUUGGCCACCGUCGGGAUCAUCGGUGAGCUGCGCAUGAACCAGCACACUUGGUGCCACAGCCUCGGCUGCUUGCUUGGAACAGAUGUGGAGGCGCUUCCGGCCAAAUCUGCAGUUCCGACAAGAGCCUUCUACGACUUCCAGCUUUGUGCAGACUGGCACGCCGAGACCGAGUUCGUCCAGGCCAGGAAGCUCAAAUCGGAACAUCCGGGACUGGACACAGUUCUGAACUACCCCGAGUGCUCGGAGAAGUUGGAACACCAGCGGCUUUUCCGGAAGCAAUGUUCCCGGUUUACACUGGAGAUGUCGAGGCUUCUUCCUGUGCAAGAGUUCGCAGACUACCGGGCCACCUGCAAAAAGCAUUCGGAGACCCAGGCCUUCCAAAAGAUGCAGCGCAUUCACCAGCGCUUGACAAAGAUGGGGAGGUGCGAUCUCCUGGCGAAAGCCCUUCGAAAUUCCCUGUCUGCAGAGAAGCUGGCGGAGCUUGCAGAACAGAAUGGUUGGGCAACUGCGUCAAAUUUGGGGCCCAGAAAGCGUGCAAUGAGGUGCGAAUGGGGAGGCUGGUUCACAAGUCCGUCUUCCUGGACAGUUUGCUCGUGGGACUUCUGUUCCCGACCCAGUGAUGGUGAACAUCUCUGUUGA